UGACUCGUUCAGAUGCUAUAAAAGCUUCAUCAGAGCAAGCAUCUUGUUGUUUCUUCUUCAAAUCUUUUAUUCAAGAAAUUUGAACAUAUCAUGGCCGAUCUUUCAACCACCAUUGCAGGACUUCAUCUCCCUAACCUUCUUUUCAAUGCUUCUGGUGUCUGUUGUCAAACAAAAGAAGACUUGGGUUUGAUGCUUGCCAGUGACUCUGGUUCGUUGAUAACCAAAUCGGCCACCUUGGAACCUCGUGAAGGCAACCCUUCACCUCGCUACUUGCCUUUGCCCGACGGUAUUGGCAGUAUCAACUCCAUGGGUCUCCCUAACGAAGGUUACGAGUACUACCUUGACUUUGCCAAACAAUAUGACUAUCAAAACAAAAAGCCCUUGUUUAUCUCUCUUUCCGGUCUGAGUUUGGCUGAUAAUGUCAAGAUGGUGGAAGCCUUUGUCGCUGCUGAUUUACCUUGUGUAUUGGAAAUCAAUUUCUCUUGUCCCAAUGUACCUGGUAAGCCUCAAUUGGGUUAUGAUAUCGAAGCUAUGGAGAACGCAUUGACUGUCUUGGCUCCUUUGAUCAAGAAACCAUUUGGUAUUAAGCUACCUCCUUACUUUGACAUUGCUCACUUUGAUGCUGCUGCUGCUGUCUUUAACAAGUUUGAUAACUUGGCUUUUGUGACUUGUAUUAAUUCAGUGGGUAAUGGUUUGGCCAUUGAUUUUGAAACAGAACAAGCCUUGAUCAAGCCCAAGGAUGGAUUUGGCGGUUUAGGUGGCUAUAUGGUCCUGAACACAGCUUUGGCUAAUGUAAAUGCUUUUCAUCGUCGCUUGAAGAAUAAGCAAGUGAUUGGUGUGGGUGGUGUUACCUCUGGUAAAGAAGUCUUCCUUCAUGUCUUGGCUGGUGCCAGUGCUGUUCAAAUCGGUACUACCUUGAAGGAAGAAGGUCCUCAAGUCUUUACUCGUAUCGUGAAGGAAUUAAAUGAUAUUAUGAUUGCUAAGGGGUACAAAUCCCUUGAGGAUUUCCGUGGCAAGGUCAAAACUUUGUAAAUAAAAAUAAUAAAAUACCUUUAUUUGAUUGGCUA